UCCCGCACGAGCUCCUUGAAGGCAAAUCGGUGCAGGCCUAGUUAUGAGCGGAGGCCAGGAGUAGUUUGCUAUCAGGAGCGAGCCCAUUGGAGGCAAGUUGGUGCAGGCCAGAGAGACGAGUCGAUUUAGGUUCCGCAGAUCCGCCAACCUCGAUACAAGCUAUGUCGCUUGCCCUUAUUACAACGCUCGGCGUGUCUUUCGGAUCUACACUACGGGGCUCUGCGGCAUCAAGCUGUUGGAUGGCCCGCAUCGGCGAGCCCUUAGUGCUUUAGCGCUCGCUCUUCGUAACACUCCUCAAUCGAGCAUCAGUCGGGCUGACGCCUGAGAGCCCCGAUGCGGCUUCCGCCAUGGAGCGCUUCUGUUCAACCGCGCGUCUGCUCGUCCCUCUCCUCCUCCUCUUCCUCCACUAUUCCGCACACCGCGUCGCCUCGCCGCCUCCACCAGAUCCACCCGCCGUAGGCAGCGCCACCACGCGCGCGGCUUUAUUCGCGGGAAGGGACGAUCCGCAGUCAAGCCGCGGUGCGGCAGCGGCCGCGGAGAGCAGCAGGGCGGUGUGCAGAUUCGACGGGGCGACCGGCACCUUCUCAUACGAGCCGUACCAUCCCAUCAGCACUCUUGCCUCGGACGACUCCUGGGCACCACACGGCACCGCAUUGCACCUCUCUGGUUCCUGCCGCUUCCUUCUGAGCGCAUCCUGCGCCAUCCUCGCUGCCUUCCCAGAGCCAUGUGAUGACAACGACCCCUGCACUCUCGACGCCUGCAUGUGGCACGGCCAUGGCCCCUUGCCCCUCUCGUCCUGCCUGCCCCACCCGGACUGCUUCUUCCGCCCGCCGCACUGCACGCACACUCCCCUCCCCAACUGCAAGCACGGCACCACCACCAUGUAUCCUCCCAGCCCUCCCUCCUCCUCCUCGCCUGGCCCCGAGCAGAAUGGCUUGCAGUCAGAAGGCCCAGCCCCAUUUGCUGUGCAUGUGCAAAUGCAAGCCCGUGCCGUCUUACCGCUCUACCCCCCACCCGCUCCUCUCACUGCGCCUCCUCCUCGUGCAGUGUCCCCACCGGCACCAGAUAGCUUUCAUGCGUUUCUAGCUCAGUCCUUUCUGCCACACCAGCUAGACUGCUCGUUCCGCUCGGCCUCUCCCUCAUCCACCCCCCACUCCCUCCUCUCCACCUCCCUCCCUUCUCUUCCCUCCCUCCCCGACCACACACCUAUCGCCACGUCACACCGUAUGCCCACCUGCCCCUCGCCCUUCUUCCCUUCCACCUCGUCCGACCCCCUCCAGGCUCUCCACUCCUUCUCUCUCCCAGACGCCCGAGCUCAUUCGUCCCUUCCCUGGAGUCUCUUACCUCUACACCCCAUCGCCCUGUCACCCAACCAAGUACCCUCGUCCAUGCUAGCUCGGCGGAGAGGCAUGGAGGAGAGCAGAUUGGGGGAGGGGCAGGAAGGCGAGGCCCCUCUGCUGCCGCACCACAUGCACUUGCACCCACCAGUGGCACACCCGCCAGUGGCUCACCCACCAGCUUCACGGGCGCCACAGUUGCUGUUGCCUUUGCAGCUGCCACAGCCGCGGCAAGCAGAACGAGAUGGAGGGGUUGUGCUCUGGCAGCAGGAGGAGGGGGUGGAGGGGGAGGAGGGCUUGGAGGAGGGGGGGGACGCGGAGCAGCAGCAGCAGCAGCAGGAGGGCGAGCCGGGCGCAGAGGAAUCACAUGGUGUCCUUGCGUCCAUCGCCUCUGUAGAUUCGUUGCACCCAGAUAUAUCACAAUCCCACCUCCCACAGGUUGGAAACAUACCUCCACACUCCCCCCAGCCACAGCUUCCCUACCGCCCUCUCAUUACUGCCUCAGCCACCACUGCUUCAGCCACUGUUGCACGCCAUCCCUCCCCAGCCUCCUCAACCAAGCGCUACCGCCAUACCCAUCCGCCCCUCUCCCCUCUCUCCCUCCCCAAAACCCGCCGCACUGUGUCUUCCUCCUCGCGCCGUCCCUUGUUGCCGCCCUCCUCCCCAUUCACCAAUUCCCUCCGCUGGCCCCCUUCCCCUGCAUCCUCUAAGCGCCGCCCCAACGCACCUCCCACUCCCCGCCCCAGGCCUCCCGCACCUCGCCCUCUCACCUCGCCUUCUCCCCUCUCCCGGCGUACCAAGUCCCCUGCACCCAGCAGCCUACACCUAUCUAAACCUCGCCCUCCUAAACCCCAGGUGUCGGGAGGCAGCCCUCCCAAGUCCCGUGCUUCCAAGCCCCGUGCGGCCAAGCCCCCUGCUCCCAAGCCCCGUGGUACCAAGCCCCCACCAACGCGACAGGCAGCUCCUGAGAGAAAGCCACCGCGUGCCCCUUCCGGAUCCCUAGCGGAGGCCGACUACCAGCUGUCCUACGACCAGCUGCCCUUCGCCCACGACCGCCCGUACCUCAUCGCCCUCUCGCCCCGCAAACCAGGGAGAAAGCACCCUGCACACCGUCCACCGCCCCCAGCGACGAGGAGGAGCCCAGGGAAGCCGAAGAAGCCACCGGCACCACACAAGAAACCACCACCGGCUCCACGCAAGCCCAGGAGCCGCAAGAAACCACCGCCAAAGCAGGCUGCUGGUUCACCCACCCGACAUCCUCCUUCCUCGCCGCCCCCUUCCUUCCCGCCUCCUGCUCCCCCCCGCCCUCCUCCGCCUCGUCCGCUCUCGUCCCCCCCUCCUCCGCCCCCACCUCCACCCAGGAGGCGCAAGCGCGGAAGGAAGAGACCCAGACCCCCCCUCUUCAUCGCUCCUCCUCCUGCGCCCCCUCCUCCUAUUCCUCCCCGGCCCCCUCCUCCGAGGGGAAACGCCAACCCGAUACCGCCAGAAGUGGAAGGCAGCAGCACCGAUGGCACGAGUGGCAGCAGCAGCAACGGCACACAAGGGCCGCCCGGUGGCGUGUACUUCCCUGGAUCGCCCGACUCGCCUCCACUCUCGCCUCCUCUGCUCCCUCCUCCAUCCUCAUCUCCCUCCCCGCCACCUCCUCUUCCUCUGACUCUCUCCCCUCCCCGUCCUCCUCCUCCCCUGCCUUCUCCUCCUCUUCCCCCUCGAAUUCCUCUUUCCCCUCCCGCUCCCUCACCCGUAACGGUUAUGCAACCACCUGCUCGCCUUCCCCCUUCCCCCUCGCCCCCUCGCAACCAACCCCAACGCCGGCACCCUCCCCUCAAUCUCCCACCGCCUCUCCCUGCUCCCCCCCCACCUGCUCCUGCUCCUCCUCGUCCUGCCAACACCUCUGGAUCCUCACUUCCUCCCGCUUUCUCGCCCUCCCCUCCCCUCCCUUCCUCUCCUCCUCCUCCACCCGUCCUAGCCCCCCAGUCUCCCACAGCCCCCCCGUCGCCCCCUCCCCUCUCCCCCCCACCUCGAUCCCCUCCCCCCGUGUCCCCUCGCCUCAGGGUCUUCAACGUGAGGGCGUUUGGGGCAGUGGGGGACGGGGUGAUAGACGACACGGACGCCAUGAGCCGUGCGUUUGCGCGGGCGUGCGAGUACGAGGGGCGGCAGGGGCGGCGCGCCACGCUGCUGUUCCCCAAGGGCUACACGUUCUUCAUGAAGGGGCGCAAUGUGGUGUGGCGGGGGCCCUGCAGGAGCGGGGGACUCGUUUUCAAGGUUGACGGCGUGAUAUGGAGCUACCCGCGCGGCGUUUCGUACCUGACGCCCAUCAUCAACCUGCUCUCCAUCCCGCGCCUGCUCGUCACGGGCACCGGCACCAUGGACGGCCAGGGCUACGUCAUUUGGCCGCGCGCCGCACGCAGGCCGUACCUUCUGCAGCUUGAGAACUGCACAGACGCCGAGGUCACUGGCAUCACCAUCAGCAACCCAGCGAAGGUGCAUCUGAACAUCCGGUUCUGCUCGCGCGUGUGGAUCCAUGACUUUGAGACGCGCACGCCGUACAACGGCGGCAACACGGACAGCAUCCACAUCGUCUUCUCCACUGACGUGCUCAUCGAGGACUGCACGCUGCACGGCGGCGACGACAACGUGUCCAUAGUGGGGAGCUCGUCCAACAUCCUCAUUCAGAACGUCAUCUGCACUGCGGGCCACGGCAUCAGCAUCGGCAGCCUUGGGAACUACGGCGCGCUGGCGUGUGUGCACAACGUGACGGUGCGGCACGUGUACAUGGCAGGGCUGCAGAACGGGCUGCGCAUCAAGACGUACGAGACGGGGCAGGGCGCCGUGUGGAACAUACGCUACGACAACGUCACCAUGCUGGACGUGGGACGCCCCAUCAUCAUCGACCAGUACUACUGUGAGCGAGAGCCGUGUGACGACGGGCACAGCGGCAUCGCUGUCUUCAACGUCUCCUACUCUCGCAUCCGAGGCACCACCAAUGGCAGCGCCGUGGGCGGCAUCGAGUUGCGGUGCAGCAACCACGUGCCGUGCCGGCAGAUCUCGCUCAAAGACGUCUCCCUUCGCCACUCCAAAACCGGUGUGCAGCUGAAGCCAGUGUUCGUGUAUGCGUACGGCAGCAGCCGGAACGUGGAGCCAUGGAGUGAGGAGAGCGCUCGGACAUGGACCAAGACGACCCUGUCCAAGGCGGCUGCUGCUAGAAUCGCCAGCGAGUUCGGCAAGUGUCGUGGUUCUGGUAGUAUACAGUGGACCGAGUCUGCAGCGCGCACGCUCCUCUCAGCUUCAACAGCCAUUGCAUCCAUUAACGCUGCUCCUGCCAAUGCAGGCAUGCCUCCAUAUGCCACUGCUUCUAGCUCCAAGCCACUACAUAGACAGACAACCACCUCUUACUUGCCCCAGCAAUUGCCUCGCUUGUCUGCCGACACAACUCAUAAAGAUAGUGUACCACCUUCGUAUGAAGGGACUAGCAUUCAAAUUCCAACAGUGGAAUCUGAUGCAUAGGCAGUCCCUGAUGUAACACAGAGUUGUAUGUUUGUGUUCCAGUCUCCACUCUCAUGACAAGAACACACUUCCAAUACACGACCAGGGUUACA